AUGGCUCUUUUCUUUGUUGGCUAUUUGAUAUCUGUAACAAGUACAAUUGCAUUUAUUGUUGCUAUUUUAACACCAAAAUGGAUUUAUCCAAAUAAUUUACCAGUUGAUGGAAAUAAUCCUACAUCACCAAAUCAAACAAAUUAUCGAGGAAUAUUUUAUGUUGAUGCAGGUUAUCCAAAUGGAACUUGUCGUGAUUGGAUUUUAAUUUAUAAAGAUUCUGUAGCUUCUUGUCGACCACCAUAUGCUGUUGCAUGUGCGUCUCUAUCAAUAAUUGCUUCAUCAUUAUCGAUAAUUCUUUUAUGGCUUGCUGGUGGUUAUUUAUAUAUUCGUCGUCGACGUCUUGCUCCACAGUUUGUCAUAAUAAUAUCCUUUUUAACAUUAUUAAUUUUCUGGAUAAGUGCAAUUGUAUGGAUUGUAAUGAUUACAAUGAAUCGAGAUAUAAAUUUAAAAAUUCGUCGUGAAAAUAUUGGUUUUUCAACAUGGAUUGCAGUUGGUGCAAGUGGUGGUUAUUUACUUUCUUUUGUAUCAUUUAUUCUUUAUCGUAUUGGACUUAAUCGUCGAAAACAAGUCAAAGAAAUGAAUCUAAAUUCACGUCGAUUUUAA